AUGGGAGCUGAUCAGGAGCAAACGAAGGAAUCUUGCUCUCGAGGCCAGAGGUUGUUCAAGAGGGUCAAGGGCUUAGUGACCAGAGCGAAACCCGCACCCCCGCCCCCGCCUCCGCCCCCGCCCCCCAACUGGAACCCAGGAUGCACACAUGUGUAUGGGUACGUGUUCGGGCAUGUGUCUGAAAGCCAUCUUGAACAUCCCCUGUCACAGCAGGUGCUGGACACAGGGGAGCAGCUGAUGGUCCCCGUGGAUGUCCUGGAGGUGGACAACGAGGGAGCCCUGUGGAAGUUUCUGCUGUCCGGAGCCAUGGCAGGGGCAGUGUCUCGCACAGGCACGGCCCCUCUUGAUCGAGCCAAGGUGUACAUGCAGGUCUACUCCUCCCAGGCGAACUUCAUGAACUUGCUGGGGGGUCUCCGCAGCAUGGUGCAGGAAGGGGGCGUGCGCUCCCUGUGGCGGGGCAAUGGCAUCAAUGUGCUCAAAAUCGCUCCCGAGUACGCCAUCAAGUUCUCUGUCUUUGAGCAGUGUAAGAACUUUUUCUGUGGCGUGCAUGGGUCUCCGCCAUUCCAGGAGCGUCUCCUGGCGGGCUCGCUGGCUGUGGCCAUCUCUCAGACGCUCAUCAACCCCAUGGAGGUGCUGAAGACGCGGCUGACUCUGCGCAGGACGGGCCAGUACAAGGGGCUGCUGGACUGCGCCAGGCAGAUCUUGGAGCGGGAGGGCACCCGGGCUCUGUACCGCGGCUACCUCCCCAACAUGCUGGGGAUCAUCCCCUACGCCUGCACAGACCUGGCCGUCUACGAGGUGCUCCAGAGCCUGUGGCUGAAGUCUGGCAAGGACAUGGCGGACCCCAGUGGCCUGGUCACUCUGUCCUCUGUAACGCUGUCCACAACCUGUGGCCAAAUGGCCAGUUAUCCACUGACUUUGGUGCGCACCCGGAUGCAGGCAGAAGACACCGUGGAGGGCUCCAACCCCACCAUGCAUGGAGUGUUUCGGCGGAUCCUGACCCAGCAGGGCUGGCCGGGGCUGUACCGAGGCAUGACCCCCACGCUGCUCAAGGUGUUGCCCGCGGGGGGCAUCAGCUACGUGGUAUAUGAAGGAAUGAAGAAAACCUUGGGUGUGAGCUGACACCGCUCAGAGCUUCAGGGACUGCGAGACCCAGUGUCCUUAGAUCCCAAAGAAGUCCUCCCAGCCUCGGGCUCCCAGGCAGUUGAGAGGGCUUGGGUUAGACCUCUUGGGUUUCCUCCCCAGGGUACAGCCUGAGUCCUGAGUUUGGACUCCGGUCCGGCUUCUGCUGGUUCGUCCUGGCUCCAAGGCUACAUAGCUGGCGAACGGUCAGACAACUAGGAAUAAAGACGGGGUUCUGCAGGACGCGUCAGGGGUACCUGGGUCUAGCCGAGGAGCUCGGAUCCAGGACGUUGGGAGUAAGAGACUGAAGAGAGCAGAGAAGGUGGCACGGGGGAGGCUGGGACCCCUCGACCCUGGGGAGGUGGAGAGCCUUAGGGAGAAGGGAAUGAUGGGUGGAGCCAGGGAGGUUCUAGAUCCCGGGGGGCG